AUAUUGAUUUGUAUACAGCUCAAUAACAACGUUGCUGUCUGAAUGUCCAUGGCAUGCCGAGGUGGCCUGUGAGGAAAUAUGAAAAAAUAGUUUUGUUCAUUAUAAUCCAACGCUUUUGAAGUUUUCCACAAUGACGAGAUGACUUCAGCGAUUUUCUCAGCGAUAAGUAUUCUUACAAAACCCCUGGGAGGUAAGUGGAGAGCUCGGGUUACUGAAAUAAAACAGAAUAACAUAAAUUUUGGGAUGACUUAGACAUCUUGAUCACACUUUCUAUUAACCUUGAUCAAAUAUACUAUAGCAAACACUGUAAUACAACUUGUUAACACACUCUCUCUCUCUGUCACACGCACACACACAUAUCUAUACAAUCAGCCCUCAUUGCAUGUUCUGUGUUGUGUUGUCUGCAGAUGGAUCUGUGCAAAAUGCUCAGUCCUCUCAUCAAGAGGCUUUAUUGGCGGUGCUGCAAGCCCACAGAGCUCUCCUCCUGGACCAGCUGCACAGUGUCUCCACCUUCAAGGAGGUGAAGAGGCUGAGGGAGGAGGUGAUGACAGAGGUAGACUGGUACUCCUGUGAUUCAGAGGACAUCACAUGGGGCUUCGUCCAGGAAUGUCUUCUCUUGUUUCUCACCUUGGCAAGACACCUCUCCAGUGAACUUGAACUUUUUAACCAGAGGCCUCCUCCUCCUGCAGCCAAACUACACACCCCAGAGAUGGCGCCUCCUUUGCCCCCUGAUGUCCUCAGCGUCUGCCAGCAGAAGACGUUUGGAGCUGCCCUGCAGUUUGUGGUCUCUCUUGGGCUCUGUCCUUUCUUGGCACCUGGAGUAGGGGUGCCUCUGAGUUGCCGGUCGGCGUUUGGAGCGAUGGUGGAAAAACUUGUCUGCGGUGGUAAAGUGUUGGAGAGAAGACGACGCCUUCUGAUCACUACAAAUGUUCUUCUAAAGUUGGCAGAGCUGUCCUCUCUGGCCACACUGGUGUUCACACGACAUCUGGGAGACGUGAUGGCUGCUCUGUGCCAACUGGGCUACCAACCAGCUCGGGCAGAGGAAGAGAAGGUAGUGCUUUAAACUUUUCCUGCUUGUGCUGUUUGAAAUAUAACCCCAAAGUAGGGCUGGGCGAUAUGGGAAAAUGUUUAUCACAAUACAUUUUUUCAUUUCAGUUGAUAUCGAUAUACAUUGUGAUAUAAAAAAUGAAAUUUAACAGUGCUUAUUGGUAGCAUGUCUUUUGCAAUACAAAAAGCUACUGUUAUCAAAGCAUAUAUUGUUAUCAUUUGAUCGCCCAGCCCUACCCCAAAGCUGGUUAAGAUAACAUUGAAGUGUGCUCAACAUUGAAAUCAGUCAAUCAAUGUCUUUCUGAAAUAAAGCAUUUGCCAAUACCUGUGCUCAUAGGAUUGAUUAAUAGGUAAUCACAUAAUGUUUCUUGAGGUGUAGGCAGCCUCUUCAGGGAGGCUGUUCUGGACAACAAUGUGAUAUCAACAUCACAUAUAUCAAUUAAAAGAUUUAGGUAGACUGCCAGUUUUCGUCUCAUGUGUACACAAGACUGAUGUCAGAUCACAAACAGUCACUGGCUUGUGUAUGAUAGAAGAUGAAUCAAUGAACUCACUACUUUCAUUACACUUUCUGAUACAGGAAGUGGCAUGUUUUAAAAAUGUUACCUGGCAGGAUUUAAACACUACUUGAGGUUGGAAUAGUUUUUAUUGCAUGUAAAUGUGUUAUAGAUGAUAAGCCAAUUAUAAGACUAUGAAUGUGUUUCUAAAUGUUGUCCAGAGGUUUGAGCCCCUGUGGUGGAACAUUAUGUGUGCUGUCUGUUUACCUUUGCAGAUGGGAGAAAGCUGAAGGAUUUUUUUUUACUUCCUUUAUUGUAAACUUUACAGAUCCAGGACCUCAGUGCUGAAGAACGUCAUAAAUGCAAAGAGGCGCUUAAAAGCCUUUUGGGAAAAGUCUACCAGCCGAUCGUUAUCAAGGAGCUCCUGAUCCUCCAGGGUGGACCCAAACAGGUGUGUGUUUGAGAAGGCAUAGCUGUAGGGAUAGAGUUGUAGUUCAAUUAUUCCAGUUCACCUUUCACAAACUCAUUGCAGUCUAGUUUUACAUAUACUGUAUGUUGUCCCCUCAUUUAGUCUCCUGCUGUGGGGGCCUCUGGCGGUUCCAGUAGGUCAGCUCUCGGAUCAGCCCCUGCCUGGUUGAGGCGUCUGUGUGGUCAGCUGCUGUCUGAACGGCUGACCCAGCCAAACGGAGUCCAGUCUGUAGUCAGAGCCAUUCUUGGAGGAGGAACAGGUGAUUAAGAGAAAAGAGGUCAUGAGAGUAGAUGGAGGGGAAAUGAAUGAAGUCAGAUUUAAGGAGCCAAGUCUAACUGAAACAAUGAGGGGCCAAAUGUAAUCUAUGAAACAAGGACUGGAUUUUCAUUCUUUGAUUCAUUCUCCACAGAGCCUUUUUAGUUUCAUCGGCUCUCUCAUUCCUUAUGAGUCGAACAAAAAUAUAUCAAUGUCAAACCUCCAAGUUUGACUUUAUAUAUUACAUCCAGGCACAAUGGGAUUUUUCCUCGGUUUUUGUAACCAGAGGGUUACGGUUCUUUUCUUUCUUUCUAUGUUUUUUCCCCUUUUUAUGUUCUUGUUUUUUUGUAACAAAACACCAAGUCAAAGUCCUUGGAUGAGUUAACCUGCUAUAAAGCAGCUUUUUUAAAAAACAAAAACAAAACUGGAUUAAAGUAAAGAGUUUGUAUUUGAUGUGUCUAAACGUGAUGCACUGUCUGUGUCCUGUAGGGGGCGAGUCAGACUGGAAGAAAUGCGAGUGUGUGGCUCGAAUCCUGGUGACCUGCCCUCAGCAGUCUACCUCGGCAGACAGCUACUACAGACAAGUCUGUCCUCAGGUCAGCUCAAUACGUACACACACACACACACACACACGCACACACACACACACACACACACACACACACAACAAUGUCAGUCUGUUAACUUACAAACAACAAUAAAAGGAAGAUUCUGUUCUUUAAGGGUAGAAAACUUAGCUUGAAAAUUUAGCAGAAAUGAUCACAAAACCUGUCUUCUGUAGACGUCAGUUACAUCAUGCAGAUCCUCUUUUUAUUUUGUUUGCUGAAAAGAAACAAAACUAAGGUUUAAAUUAAAAGAAAACGGUCUGAGAGUCAGUGAGGAGGCUGGAUGGAUGUUUGUAAAAACAUGCUCCAAAAUUAUGCCCACCAUCAUCCCUACAUCCUUUGGCUUGUGUUGACUCUGUGAUCUGAAGACAGCUUCAUGUUGUUGCCCUGAAAUAAGUUUUCAUGUUGAAAAUACAAAUAACAAUAUAUUCUAAGAUAGUAAACACUACAAAUGACAAAAAAACAAACUCUAUUUCUUGUUGUUGUUCAGAUUGUCCAGCUUCUCCAUUUCAAAGACAAACUGACAGCCCAACAGUUCCAGCGUGUGGCCACCAGGGCGGCGCUCUCUAUGGUCCAGGAGAAACCAAACUUUGCCCAGGAGUAUCUGCUCACUCCUCUGCUUGCACCUCUCCACCGCUGCAUGACUACUUCAGGUCAGUAACCUGCGGCUGUCUCAUCUGUGACAGUCCAAUCACAAUAAGGUUAAGUCGACAAAGACAAAAAGUUACAUGUGUCAGGUCUGCCCGCCAUUUUUGAAGUCAACAGAUUCAGAUUAAAACAAGUUAUUUUUAUUGAAUUUGGUUUUUACAUUAUCUCUAAGCUAAGAUAUUUUGAUAUUGUGUUUUUUCUGCUGCUAUGAGCGUCUUCUCGGUUCAUCUUUUGGUGAACGGUGAACUGAGUUGCUCCUUUUCAACUCACGAACAAGAACGUGAGCUGAGUUCACCGUGGAGCCAGUAAAUGGUUGCUCACAUUCACUUGUUACAAGGGUUGACAGCAUCUGGUGAUACUCACCUCUGGCAUCUAGCAGAUAUAGAAAGUGUUGCAGAUGAAGCAGCUCUGUUGAAGUUUUAAACUAGUUCAAUGAACAAAUCAGGACUUAAGCUAAAUAUUUGUCUCUGAUUCUACAGUGGAAGUUGAUAAAACAUUGAUUUUAGGAAAGGAAGUUGUAAUAGCUACCUCUCUUUCCAGAUGAAGGUUGUUCCCAAGCUGCCGUGGAGGAACUGGAGCUGACUCAGUGUGUUGAGGACGUGUAUAAGGUCAGGAGGUACCUCUUUAAAUACGAAGUACUUUUUCUUAAUACAACUUUGAUGCGUCUCAAAUUCAUAUUUUCAUGACGUGUUGUUGCUCAUGUCCUUGUUUCUACUCAGUUAUUGAUGUAGUUUUAGUUAAAAUGAAGUCUGUCCAAAAUAUAUCACAAACAUUCGUAAUAAUUGGAAAGAAAGCCAGUAAAAAGUGAUAGGAUGUAAAACUAAACUCUUGAUGAAAUGCACAGUAUCAUUGGUGUCUUUGCUGUCUUGUUUCUUAUGUGUCUGUCAGAUCUGGGUGGUUGGAAACAGUCCCUCAGCUCCUCUCCUCAAAUCUCUGGAGGAAGUUCUUCCUGUCAUCUUCACGCUCUUCUGUUUCACCAAGCAGAACGUCUCCCACCUGCGGUAAAUUUUGUAAUGAUGAAACAACUAGUAGGGUGACCAUACGUCCUCUUUUACCCGGACAUGUCCUCUUUUUGGUGGGCUGUCCGGCCUGUCUGGCCUUGUCGGAGGGAGUUUAUAAAAUCCGUCAAAUGUCUGUAGUUUUUGUAUGGAAGUUUUGAGUUUGCGUUUCUUGGACUUACUGAGUUAGAAGCGCGUAAAAAACACUUGACCCGACCCAGAUAGCUCUCAAAAUGAACUACGCGUGACUCCACUCCCAUGUUGUUCUCUUUUUGGGGAUUCAGAAUAUGGUCACACACUACAACUAGUGAAAGCAUUCUUUCACAGGAAGUACCACGCUACAACUGAGUAAAUAAAAACAGGGAAUACUGAAAAAAUAUCACCAUAUGAGCUAAAUCUCCACCUCUUGAUUCUAAUUUUGUGAUGAAAACAGCAUCUGAAAAAAAGGCUAAGUUGGUUAUGAGGAAGGACACUAGAAAUAAACUCUGUGUGUGUUCUGUGCUCUGUAGCACCCCCUGUCAGGAGAUUUUGCUAUGGUACCUGGGUCACUCUGAGCCGCUGGCAGCCCUGUCUGCUCUGAAGCAGUUCUCUGGCCUGCAGGAAGAGAAGAAGAAGAAUGAGGUGGCUGCAGGCUUCAGCUUCACCCCAGGCAGUGAUGGAGGAGUCAGGCUCUGUUCCAGAGACGCCUGCAGGUGACUGAUAUUUUCUAGCUAGACACGUGUGUGCUGCUUUAACUGUACGUUAGAUGACUAAGAGAGGAUUUGCCCAACAAAAACUGAGUGAAUUCUGGGUUUGCCUCACAGUGAUGAAGAUGAUGCUCUGUAUGAGAAGCUAUCAGGGGAGCAGUGGAGGCUGGAGUGUCUGAUGCAGCUACUGGCUGAACUCAAAGACUCAGAUGUGCCAGGAGACUUCUUCCUGGAGUUGCUACAAGUAAAGAAUACACACAAACACACACAUGUAAAACAAAAUCCACUCCAGUCCAAAAUAAUCUCAUUGUGCUUAUUUUGGACUGAUCUGUUUGUCUUCUUGUGCUGAGGUUGCUGAGAUUUUCAGUCGUUUUAUCAUUUCCUUUCUUCUUCUUCUUUUUCUCCUGCAGGAGCUGACCUGCUGGGCUGCUGCAGAGGAUGAAGAGCACAAAGAUGAAGAGGAGUUGGACGUGUCCAGUAUGACACUCUUAGAGGUGGAGCAGCGGCUGCUGGGUCAGGCUGAAAGGCGAGGCCAGAGACUGGCUUUGCUUCAGGUGUUGGCUGUGAUGGUUGAGUCUCUGCAGCACACUGUGCUGCUGAGGAGAAGUACCCAGGUGAGCAAAGAGCACAGUUACUUUUUCUUACACUUUUGCUGUUUGAAAUCAUCCAAGAGUCUAAUGGUUUUAUAGAUAACCAUAUGAUAACAGUUUUUAGAAGAAGAAAUAGCCAAUAAAACCUCAUCUAAACCUCCAAUCAAAGGUCUCCUUCUAUCUGGAACUUCUUGUGAAUAUUGUCUUAAUUCAAUGUUGUUAGUUACUGACAAGCAUUGCAAACAAAAAACAUAAAGCACAGUCAACAAAAAUUAUGGCUACCUAGGCUCACCUCUCCACCCCAGUGCAGGUAAGACCACCCCUUAUAUAACCCACCGGUUUUCAAACACAGUGCCCAUGUGACCCAAGCCCAGCAAAACCAAUAGCAACCAGACAAAAGUAAUUGAACAUAGGAUAACUGGUCAGCUAAAUAACAUUAUGGCUCCUACAUAUAGGACCCCCUUAAGUGCCCCAAAAGAUUCAAUUGAAGGUUUCCAGAUGAAGCUGUUCACUGAAACAGUGAAAAAACGUUUGUAGAUAUUAGUCAUUGAGACUCUAACAAAUGCAAAAAGAGGGCCAGGGUUUAAAAACGCUGGAAUUUCCUUUAGGUGAUGCAAGUUUAGCGCAGAGUGGGCGGCACCUCAAAAUAUACUGUAGAGGAGUUCUUUGAGUGUCUGUAACUGCAGAAGAUUCACUGCAUCUGUCCAGACAGUCUCUGUGUCCUAAAUUCAUCUUGCGUUGUUCUGGUUAUGGAUAAAAUUUAAUAAGACACAUGUUGCAAGACGAAAAAAAAAUAAACACUCACACUUUUAUGCUGAGACUGCUCAUAGAGGAGCCUUGACUCCUGGUUCCUCCCUCACUGAGGUCUUAUCUCACCCUCCUGGGGAUGCGUCUCUCCUUUCCAACUUCUUUUAAGCUCAGACGUUGUUCCUGUGGGAGUUUUUAUAAUGAAAUCAGGCCAGAGUGAGUCAUGCUGCCUCAAAAAUAGCCUAUUUUCUCUUUUCUGGUUGGUAACAUUAGAGAGUUGACAAAAAUGCCCUCAUGGAUUAAGAAUUGUGUCUGAUAAAGCAGCCUGAAUUCACUGGAUAAUGUGCUAUUUUUGGAUGUUGCGUCUGUUUAAGGGCUGAAUCUUCUCCAAGUUCAACCUAAAAAAGGUCCUCUUACAUUUAACCCUUGAUGGUAUAACUACAUUUCAAAACUAAUGUACACUGUGUCUACCUUAAAGCUCCAAAUUAAACACACUCUCUUUUUCCCUCUCCAGGUUGUGGACUUCCUUGUGUCGCUGCUCCAGAGGGCCUGUGUGGGUCUGAAACCUUCUCCUAAUCCGAGUUUUAGGAACCCGGUAGAGUCUGAGACACUAAGCAUGGCCAUGGGUCUGGUAGCCACUCUGCUCUCAUGCCCUCAGGUACUGUAGACACAGCACAUUAUUGGGUUACAUUUCUAUUCACUUCAGAUGCAUGUAGUGUACUGUCAUUGUGAUAAAAGCUGAAGCUGGCAGCUGUUUGGGAUUCAUUUAUCGUUUACCUCCCACCUUUACUUUGGGGGAUGGUCUGCAUAUCAGGGUUUUCGGUCUCUGCUUUCUCUAGGGGUGGAAGAAAAAAUCGAUACAGCAUAGUAUUGUGAUAUUUUGUCUGGUGAUAUUUCGUCUCUUUUACCAAGUUUUUUUGUAUGAAUUGUUCAUAUGAAGUCAAAUCUAUGAUAAUGGAAAAAUAAAAUCAACUGUUUGUCCAGUGAGGUUGGCAGAGGUGACAUCAUAGAGCAGGAGAAAGUGAGUACAACAAAUAUAUAUCAGGUUUGCAAGAUGUGCUACAUGAAAAUAAUUAAAAUACUGUGUAAGUAAGACAAACAUAGCGGAAAGCUAAAUGCUAAAUUAGCUAUAUAUUGUAUCACAACACUCACUAUAUUGCAAAAUGUUAAAAAUCGCAAUAAUAUUGUAUCGUGGCCCUAGUAUCUUGAUAAUAUCGUAUCGUGGGGCCACUAGUGAUUCCCACCCCUAGCUUGCACUUUUAUUUACUCUGUGUGUGUUUAAAUAGUAUGCUUAGACUCACAUUUAUUAUUGCACAAGCAAAGGAAGUGUCAGUGCAAGCAGGAGCGUUUUUUUUUUAUGGAAAUGUUGGCAGAACUGACCCCUUAGUAUAACUUCAGGUUAAGGGGCACGUGUGAGAAUGCAGCCGCAAAACUUCCGGAUGAUUCACUGCAGUGGCAGAGGGAGCAGACAGGGAAGUUGAUGUGCAUCAUGCAGCUGGUGUUCUGUCUAGUUUUGCUACUUGACGGAAAAAUGCUGCUGCGGCAUGAAUCAGUAGUAAGGUGGUCAGGUUGCACUAUUUGUAAAUGUUUUCAGGUCAUAAAUCGGAAUAUAUCUGCAGUAAAAAUAAGACAGCAUGUUUUGGAAAACUAAUAUAAACUUUAUUUGCGAUUUUUAGGAGAGUUGUAUAUCAGUGAGCCGACAUACCAAAUCAUACUGUCUAAGCCAUAGGAGUGUCUUUUGAUAAGAUGCUGUCUGAAAGCAGCUUCAGGGUUUCCUACAAAAAUCAUAUCAGAGAAUUUAUGAAGCACAUCCUUUUCUAUCCAAUCACCCUCUUCUGUUUUUUUCUUAAUUCCAGCUCAGUGCAGAGGUCUACUCCUGUAUGUCCAGGUUACUUCUACCACUGGAGACUCUCUCCCAGAGGCACUCUGACGUCGUCAUUCAAGAACUGGCAUCCAAUCUCAGAGCUGUUAUUGCCACUCACGGUGCCUACCGCCCUGAAAAUCUCACUACUGCUGCUCAAUCCUCUGAAGCCCCUGAUAAAAACAUGAAGAACAAUAGUGUACCCUGCAAGAAAAAGCAGAAGAUUACAGCUAAAGCAGACGACACAGAGGCUGGUCCUCACUCAACCUCCAGACAGAGUAGUUCUCAGAGUACCACCCAAGUAAGACCCCCUGCAUCACCUGGAGGGUCAGCAGCAACAAGGAGUCCAACAGGUGGACAGAGGACCUCUAGCACAAGUGAACCCCAGCCCCCUUCCAAGGCCUUUUCUGAGUGUCUGCUGGAGGCGUGUGACCCUGACGUGCCCACUAGAGCGGUCGCCCUGAGGGUCCUGACCCAGAUGGUGCAACAUAAACUCCCAGAGGCUGUCCAGGGGCAGGAGAAAGUCCUCAUGGUGGGUUUCCUUACUCAUUUACAGAAUCUGUUUUUGGUUUUAAUUCGAAUAUCCGCAGAUCUAACAAAUCAUUCAGUCUUUUCAAGCUUUGGUUUCACAUUCUUUAUCAUGUCAGACUUGAGCUUGCAUUUUAUAAGGAUUCAGAAAGAUGUCUCUCACUUUUCAGCCAGCGGUCAUUAGCUUGUUAGCGCUCAUGCACACUUGUGAUAGCUUUAGCCUCUUUCUCGAUGUGCUCAUUCCGUCCCGUGGCACGUAGAAAACACACACCUGCCUCCUCCUGCACCUCUCCCUGCUCUCCUCUCUUCACAUGGAGCUGCCUGAUAGUUUGUACUGUUACACUGUAUGAGCCAUUUAUCUAUAUUAUUUUUGGGUUUUGUUUUGUUACUCGCACAAUCACCACAAAGGGCACUUAAGGUGAAUGGGCAGGUAAAUGCUACAAAGGGAUACAGGUGAAGCAAUGAUCUGUGGAACGGGAGCACGCGGUUUUUACUGCUAAUCUCCAACACCACUCUCACCCUCAUCACGCACAUCAUCAUCAUCAUAGUAAAUUGGACGCAUCUUUCUUUUUUGUUUAUUUUCAUUAAAUCAGAAAAUUUCAAAAAGAUAACUCAACAACAACCUUGGAUUGGACAUUGGAUUGUACUAGAAGUGUGCCAAAAACACCUCCCUCCCGAAACCAGAUGGUGACUUAAAUUCAGUAGUCACUACAGUACAGUACAAACAUUUAUCGGAGGUGAGCUGCGAACUCUUUGUGCUCCAUACCUGUUUCACACUAACCCAAGCUGCUUAUGAUAAAGUGAAACUAGUCAAAGAUUUCACAACAUACACAUUUAUUUAUGUCAAAAUGAACGUCAAUCCAAACAGCAUUAAAGGAAGUUUAUGUAAUAUCAGCUAGUAACUAAUUAGGAUUUGAAACCCUGUCAUUUAGGAAAAAACGUGUUAUCAUUUCGAAGGAUGUACUCUCAAUAUGUGACCCUUGAAAUAAAACCAGACCAUCAGAAGGAGGACGGGCAACUUCAAAGUUCAUUACAUAUCCUGCCCACCCUUUCCUUGGUAUGGAUAAUCAAUCAGUGGUGCUUCAGCGAAAAAUAACAGGGAAACAGGCAGGAAAGUAUAAAGGAAAAAUGUUAAGGUCAGAGAGUGCAUGUAGUGGUAUCAUCUCAGAGUCAACAUGUUUAAUAGAUGAGGCGGUUUAACCUCAUCUGCCGGGCAGUCUGGGUGGACAGUGGGAGCCUCUGGGGACUUGUUAAGGUGGUAUGGGUGAGGGAAGGAAAAAAACUCAUUUAGUAUUCUCUGUAAUCAGCAUCCCUGCUGUGUGCACCCUCCAUCAGCAACCCGCUUAUAUGGGUGAACCCCCUUUAUUGAUUUUCUUUUUUUUUUUUUUUCUGAAGGUUGGGUUGAAUUUAGGUCACCUUCAGAUGUUUCUAUCCUCACAUCCCCCCAAAAAUCCAGACAUUACAACCUCCAUGUCUGAGAAAUCCUCAUGCCCAUUUCCCUCUCACCAAAUCAAACUUUCAUCUUCGGCUCUCUUUUACAGUAUCUGGGUGUAGCGUUUGGAUUAUUCCCUUUGAUACUUGUACUUUUAGUUUUAAUGUAUUCAGUUUCGUGCCAGUAUCGACCCGCCUUGGUUCUACUGGCAGGAUCCAUAUUGGUGAUGUUUUGAUGUUUUUACUCUAAAUACUCCCAGUGAGGUGUUGUGUAGUUUCAACACUGGUCUGUGAGGUGAUAAAUCAUAUUGAUUGUCUGUCCUCUCCAGCUUUUCCUGGAAAACUUGGAGCAUGAAGACUCAUUUGUCUACCUGUCUGCAAUUCAAGGUAAAAAGUGGAAGUGUUAUCUCUGUACAUGAAGGAAUCAUUUGUGAAAGCAGAUCAACUGAGAUCUAACUUUGUUUAGGGCUUGCUACAUUGGCUGAUUCCUACCCUGAGAGGAUUUUAGAAAGGCUCCUCGAAGACUUUCAGAGCGGCCCCUCCCUCCCGACGUCCAACAAGGAGCGCUCCCUGGAGACCCGCCUCAAAGUGGGAGAGGUCCUGAUGAGGGCGAGUAGAGCGAUGGGUGAGUAGCAGCAAAGAUUUGUUCUGAGUCACAUUGGUGUGUUCUAACUUGUAAAGAUAUUUACCUCAUGUACAGCACAUUUUCUGACCAGAGUAGGGGCGAGAAGACCAUUUUCAUGUGCUUACAUUCAUGUAACGUGCAGGGAGAUUUCUUUCCGACUUGAGUGUGAAAUUAGUUUCACACUGUUACAAAAGCUGGUCAGGGUUUUGAUUCUUCUGACAGCCUGGAUUGCAUAAGAAAUGGUUGAUUCAAACUUGAGCAUUUUAAAAGGUAUUUGCAGCCGAAAGAGACACAAAUUUGUGGUUAAUCAUUCAUAAUGCAAAUCUGCACCACAAUAUAGUGUUUUUGCUCCAUUCAGACCUAUAUACUCCUUAAGUUUAAACAUGUGCAGUCACACAGAUUUCAGCAGUUGUGUGACUUGCUUGUUAAGGUGAAACUGCUACUUAGCAGAGACUGACAGACAGAUGAGAUACUCCACAUCCAAAACAGAACACUGGUAGUUGUCUGAAAACCCUGUAACAAAGCUGAGUGCAGUCUGGCCUGACUAACAGGAAAAAACAUAAUCAAGUUAAAGUAAAUCCAGAUACAGGUCCUGGAGAAGAAGGGGAUAUGUGCUUUUUUACUUUAGCUUGGGGCUUUACCUCUACUCCUCAUGUUUUCAAAACUGCCUCAUUAUUAAAGUUUCAAUGCUUUAUAAGGGUAUAAUAUUCAGUAUAUUCAAUGUAUGGUUGUGUGUUGCAUUAUCCAAGAUCCAUGUUAAUAGAAACAGGCAGGAUAAUAAUACUAAAAGAUAUCCCUAGUAGAACACAGUUGAAUAGAAAUGCUAAAAAGUUCAUCUGCUGAGAAAGAGGCAUAAAGAAAGUAAUACUUCUUUAACCACCAGGGAGAACUUCUAACAACAUUGCCAAUGAUCACUGUGAGAUGUUCCCCAUCCAACUCUAUCUAACAGGAAGAAUGUUCAUUUCCUGUAUUUCCGAUGGUUCAACUAGUCCUUCAGACAUAAUGUGGAGGUAGAUUUGAGCAUCAUCUUCCUCCGGAAGAUUCCACAAACCAUGACUGGGGUCAAAACAGUGAUGUAUCUUACACAAAUGAUAAGGUGGACACACUUGUGGCGUGAACGUAGUUUAACAUGACCCAAAAUGGAAUCAGUACAUGGGUUUCAGUUCAUUUCAUUGGAGACCAAAUUCUUCCCACUUUCACUUCAGACUUGAAACUAAUGACUCCAUCACUGCCAUUAUGUGGUCAUGACAUGCAGCUUUCUCUGUUUCUCCACCAUGCUGGCAGGCUAUGGUCGUAUGUUCUGUGUUUAUCCUCACUGUCAAUCAUUUUUUUACCCUAAUAUUUCCUCUAGAUACAAAUCUCUUUUUUUAGCUUUUUAGCUUUAGAAACUUUUCUUGCUUGUUCUUGUUUAUAGUCAUGUUUUCACCACAUGUUCAGUUGCUAGAGGAUACUCUUGCACAACAGUUGCUCUCAUUUUUUUGACUUCUGGCAAACCAGACACUUGGUUGAUUUAAAGUUGCAUCAAUAUUAGUGCACCAAUGUGUAUAUAUAUUUUCUCUUUCGGCCCCCUUCUUUUUAUGAUUAUAAAUAAAUUGGAAAAACUCCCAUCAUUGGCACCGACUAUAAAUGAAGUUUAUCGUUAUUUCUACCUUUUCGAGGGUUUCCCCUACAUGCAAUUGAUUGCACCGCCACAGCUAAAUAAAAGCCGCCACACAUUAAAAAUUGGGUGUUUUCUUACAUGGCUCUAUCUUGAACUCUUAUGUAUCAGUAUACAUACUGUACGUGCGGCGCAACGCGCACGCUUAGCAUUAGCAAGUUAUCGACGACGAUCAGACAACUGACUGAUUAGCGAGUUAUCGACAGGGAGCACACAGCUGAUUGAUUAACACACACACACACACACACACACACACACACACACACACACCCGGAAUCACACACCACCACAGAUAGAUUCCUGUCCUGGGGCAAAAAACACAGUUUUUACAUCGUUGCUGUCACUUAAAAACCUUUCCAUGUCUUAUCUUUGCCAUUUUAUCUCUCUUUUUGACUUAAUUCAAAACAAAACAGGGAACAGGAGCCUGAUGUUGGACCUUUCAGUUGCCAGAUGUUUCUAGUGUGAUCCCUUAUCUUGCUCAAAAAGCAGCAGUUCGUGUUUGUCUGCUGUCAAAAAUAAAGAUGUUUGUUUGUUCGGACAUGUGUCCAUAUUUGUUCCCACAUGUAGCCUGUAGUUGUGUGUGUUGUGAGCAGCUAUCACAGCACAAAGCCACAGUGCCGGCUUGUCCUCUGCACAGAUCUCUGUUGAGAAGGACCCCUGUUUAUCAGAGCCCCUCAGUGAUAGAAAACUCUGUUUUGUUUUUCGCUACGCUCUGCUUUUAUCUGCCAGAUUGCCAUCGUACCACUUUCCUGGGACAAUCGGGGGGUUUAUAUCUUUUUUCAAAGAUUGGAUAGACCUUCAGUUCGCUGCACAGAUGCCCAGAGAGCCUCUGUGUUUGUCUUGAAAAACCCAAGAGUGGCCAAGAUUUGCCUUUUGCCAGGCUGUCAUUGUAAAUAAGGUUUUCUUAAUUGACUGGACCAGUUGAGCAAAUGUUGAAUAAAUGAAUGUUUGGCUUAGAUUUGGUUCACUCCCUGUUGCUGGCUUUUUGCUCUUGUAGAGAAGCUCUGGCACAGUUUUGGGGCCCAAACAAUGUGCAACGGCAGGCAGAAAAUGCACUUAAAGCUGGACUUCUAUGCACCGUAGAAAAGUGUGACAUCUAAAUCUAGUGAUUUCUCGCCUCAUAUAAGCACUGCUAAGAAAAGAAGCCAUAAACAAUAUUAAUGUUUGUAGAGUAUCACCUCAGUUUUGUUUUUUAUUUGAUGUUAACAUAUAAUCCAGAUUUUUCUUCCCACUUAAUCUGAAAGUACUAACAGGGUGUUUUUUUAAUGAUAUUUAGAGCCAAGAGCCAAAAUGUUUACCCCUCUGUGAGAGAGGAGGGGGCCAGAGGAAGCGUGGAGUCGGCCGAAGGGAGGCGAGAAAUGCAGUGUGCCGCUGAAAACACACUCACAGAGCCGCCUCUGAGAGCGGGCAGAGGUUUUUUUACUGUAAUGCACAUAGUGCCACAUAGUGUAGCUGAACCAAAUCCAAAUAUAGGUAAUAGAAUUAGUUUUUGCAGAAAAAGAGCCAGUAUCUUUCUGUGUUUUUAGACCACAUACCACAAAUAACCACAUUUUUAGCAUGUCUGAACAUUUAUGAGCGUUGCAAUGUUAGCCGUCUCUCUUUUCUGUUUAAGGACACGAUGCUGUACAGUAGCUGUGAACACGUGGAAUAAACAAGGCUUCUAAGACAACUUGAACAUUUCAACAUUGGAUUUUUUAAACAAACGUUUUAGGCCCCAAUGAAAAAAUCCAUCAAGUGAUAUAAAAAAAAAAGUCAUUUCAUCUUUGUGUUAAGAGGAUGGAUAAGAGUUGAUGUCGCUCCUCAUAUUCAGGCAGAGGUGUCUGAUGGAGUGUUCACUGAACAGUCACAGCAGCUGAAUGGUUGGAAAAUAUGGACUUUUUGGGAUUAGAGUGUCAUAUUGGGAAAUAUAUCAAAUAGGAAACAAGAUCAUCUAACUGGCUCUUGGAUACAAAGACAUUCACGCACAUUCAUGUGAGUGUUACUACUACCACCCAGUCAGCUGGUUGUCUCUAUGUGAGCUCUGGCUCUCCUCCUGGUUGUUUGGCAGGAGCAGCUAUUCACUGCAGUCAGCUCUGAUAUAUGUCUGUUUGUAGCUCUUUGUGUGUCGGCCUCUUAAACAAUGUUACAUGCAGCUUUUUAAACAGAUGAUAACGAAUUGAAAGCAGUUGUUUUGGUCUUGGAUCAAGAUGCUAAAUAUCUACACUCCUCACUCUCUCUCUUCACUGUGGUGGCUUGGAGUCGCUUGGCCUGGUAUCAAACUGACUGAAUCUCCAAUUUUUCUUUUGGAUCUUGUGAACUAGCUGUCUAACCUCAUGGUACUCCAGUUGAACUUGGGUAAUGGGUUUUCUUCCUUAUUUUAUCGUUACAAUGCGUUUCCUGGUACUUGCAUUUGAUGACACUGCACAAUGUGAACAAUUUCUUCCUCCGUGUUCUCUCUUGCAGGGGAACUAGCACCCCAUCUUGGUCGUCCUUUGGUGUGCGUCUUCCUGCAGGGAACCAAAGAUUUGGACCAAAGUGUCCGGGCCAGCAGUCUGUCUAACCUGGGGGAGCUCUGUCAGAGACUGGACUACUCCCUGGGAUCACUGGCUCAAGAGGUGGGACAAGAAAUUUCACUGAAUUUCCCUUCGAGGAUUAAUAAAAUUCUUCUCUCUCUAAAAAAAUUUCUGUGAUCCUCUGCAUAAACAGAUGUAGCAGCUUAACUUUGAAACUGCAGAAAAUAUAUAAAUACGAUGUUCAUAAUGUUCAUAAAAACAGAUUCUGAUUUACAAGCUAUCCCAUGGCACACGGUAGCUUGUAAAUCAAGGAUAGCACCAUUAAUGCUAAACAAUUUAUGAAGGUUUUCCAGCAGCAUAUACUGCCAUUCAGACAACACCUUUUGUAUUUUGCUCAAAAUAUCUGACCAUGGCUCCACAGUUGAAGAGUGCGUGUGUUUAUCUGACCUGACUUUGGUCCUGACUUGUCACCUAUUGAAAACUUAUGGCACAAAAAUAUAUUUAACCAAGGAGACCCUGAACUGUUGAGCAGCUGAAAUCCUAUAUCAGGUUUGAGUGGGAUGACAUUUUUAAACUCCAGAAAGCGGUGUCCUAGGUUUCCAGACAUUUACAGAGUUUUGUUAAGAAAAGAAGUGAUGCAACACAAUGGUAAACAUGCCCCCUCUCCUCUUUUGAAAUGUGUAGUUGGCAUCAAAUUUAAACGAGGAUAUUUUUAAAAAAAAAGCUCAAUUUUCAGGCUUUUAAUAAUUUGUAAAUCACCAAAAUAUGUGUUUAUGAACCCUUUACACAGCACCCCAGCUCCGCUGAAAACCUGCCAGUAGUCUUUAGACUGCAGCUGUGCCCCUGGUUGAGUGUAUUAUUGAAAAUGUAUGAUUAGGAACAUCAAACAGAAAUCUGUUUGAAGUCACAAUAAGGCCUGAGGAGUUCUUUCGGGUCACUCUUGAGGUCAAAGUGAAGAUGAGCUGAACAAACAGCUGAGGAUCCAAUGAUGAGGAAAAUGAUGAGGAUCCAGUGUAAACUGAGAGGAACACACAUCUGCCACACACUUGUCAUUACAAAAGUGUGUUUGUGUGUGUGUGUGAGAGAGAGAGAGAUUAACUCCUUGCUUAUACAUGCAUAUGUGCUGCACCAACACAAAGACACUGAUUAGAGUCUGAGCUUGCAGAAAAUAAAUCUGCAUUUACUUUUAUGUACCAGACUUGCUGCAGUUGUCAGAAGUGUAUGCUUGUGUGUAUGUGUGUGUACAUGUGCACGUGUGCGUGUGUGUGCGCACUGAAGCUUGCUUGAAUGAAUAAGCCACACUGUCAGCUGGAGUAACAGGGCUGCUUAUUCAUGAACUUGCCCACCUUGACUCCCUACCCAUAUCUUGUAUGAGUGUGUGUGUGUGUGUGUAUUUUUGUGUUUUUGUGUGUGUGAGUGUGAGGACGAAGAGAGACUGAGGGCCAUGUUGAUUUACACGUGUGAUCGAUACACCAGUCAAUCCAGCUUAGAUCUCUUACUGACCUCAGCACUGUAGGCAGCUCCACUUGGUGCUCCACCUGAUUACUGACUGUGUUCUCAGGUUUAAACAGUUGAACCUGAUUGUAACCGUCUGUGUGUUUCAUGCAUGUAUGGUGUAUGUGCAGCUGAGCUCCUGCCUGACAGCCCUGAUAAAGACAGAGAAAGAAGCUGAGGUGAGGAGAGCUGCGGUCCAUGUGAUCACCCUGCUGCUCCGAGGCCUGAGCGACAAAACCACCCAGGUACGAAUACUCACACAAACACACACACACACACACACACACACACACACACACACACACACACACACACACACACACACACACACACACACACACAUAGACUUGAACCUAAGUAGACCUCAAUCAGAUUGAAGAUGGACUCCCUUAACAUUCUGGCAGAAAUGUCAAAUCAUGCAUUUGGGGUCAGGUUUUUAUAAACGAGUAAUGGAAGAGUCACAUAAUACAGAUACAAAUAACCGUCUUUUCAUAGCAGACGCCAAUUUUACAGUCGCACAUCUUAUUCAAGCCAGAACUGUAAAUCCUAUUUCAUUUUUCUGUUUUAGGGCAACUGUUCUCUGUAGAUUUUAAUUCAGCCUAACUAGUCAAAACACUUCAAAUUGACAUGGCCAAAUCAUAGACUGUAAAACUAUGGACAACUUGGUUCCACCUUCCGCCAGUAUGCAGAUUUGAAUCUGAAAAGCUCUCAGUAUUUCCAGGUUUUUUCCCCCCUUCCUAAAACCACUGCGCAGUAGUGUUGUACGCAUUCGGCGGGAGAGUCACCUUGAUGACACUCGUCUCAAACAGCGUAUCCCCCGGGUGAGCUACACAAUCUUCAUACACCCAUAGGCUGUAUCAAGUGUCAGUCAUAGAAAACAUGAACUCCUAAUAACUUUUAAAAAUUCAGUGUAAUUAAUUUCUAAAGUUUGUCCACAGCUCCAUAGGGAUUGCUGGAGGAGGCGGGAUUUAUGAUCUAUACUGCAGCCCAUCAACAGAGGGUGCUGUUCUCGUGGUGGCUUCACCCAGCGAGGAGGCAGAUGGCGUCUAUUUUUAUGUACAGUCUAUGGGUCAAAUACAGUAGUACAUGGUUAACAGUAGAAGAGCUGGUCCUCCGCACAGGUUAAAAACCACGUGCCUGUGCUAGUGACACACUGCUCUGCUCAUGUAAUAACAUGCCAGUUUAACCCAAAAUAGCCGACAAAAGCCUGAUUUAGAAGACCAAAAAAGGCAUCACACAAUGAGAUCAAUGACACCUCUAAUUUGUUUAAGUAAUAAAUAGUGAGUAAGUCAAGUAACUAAUGUUAUGGUAUCAACAAGUGAGGGGGACAACACACAAUAGUUUAGCCUAGUAGAUGCAGUUCUGACUUUCUUCAGGUGGUUGCAGCUGGCUUUGUAUCUUGACUUUAUUUGAACUUCUUCCUGUUGGCCCUCAAGAAGUCAGGGUGAGCUGAUGUGUGAAAGCUGCAGGUAUGAGUCAGGAAAGUGGGCAGAGUGAUAAUGACAGAUUUCACACUGAGCAGUGUUUUUCCUGCUUUUUAUGUUUUGCAGCUCGCCUCAGUUGUCUGCAGUUUAUUUUCUCCUGCUGUAUUUGUCUCACAGAAUUGUCUCCCCUAGUAUGUCGCCCAGUUUUUUGAGUUGUGAAAAUCUUCCUCUGUGAGGAUGAUGUGUGAGCGACAGCUUCUUAAAAAAUAUCAGGGUUGAAAAUCCUGAAAUGAACCAGAAUAUAUCAGGAGCUCAGAUGGGAAAGGGGCUUAUGUCGCUCAUUUAUCAGAGAUUUCUUUCCGUGGUUUCUCUGCGAGAUAUCUCUUUUUUUUAACCCUUAAAUAACCAGUAGAAACGACUUACUGGGAUUAAACAUCUCCUUCUCAAAGGUGUCUUGGAGGCAGCACAACAGGUGUACAAACAGAAUACAAAGUGACUGACUAUAGGGCCAUAAAAUACAUCAAAUUUGUCAAAACCAGAGGCAAUAUUAAGUGUAUCAAAACAGAGCAUUUCCAGCCAGGUGUGUCUAUCCCAGCCUUAAAAUUCCCCAAAAGGACCAGUUCAUAAAGCUCUUUUUGUAAAUCCUCUCCAGUUAGGGGAGCAGCAUCUUAAACCUCUUUUUCUAGUUCACUUCUGUCUUCAGCAGACAGUCAGAUAAGGUCCUGGGAUUGAGGAUACAAAAACUGAUCCUCGGCAGCAGCAGCUGACUGGAGAAUAAGACUCUCUUUAUAGGUAUUCAGUUCUUACACAUAGAAAUGAAAACAUGAAGAGCCAAGCCUCAUGCAAAGGAUGAGAACUGUGUCUGGUACUGCAGUGUGUGAUGAGUAGACAGGUGUGAUUUACAUUAUGUUAGGCCUCACUUGUACGUUUUGCUGUUUAAUCAACAAAGACACUGAGUGGUCAGUAAGGUCACCAUAAAGCGCUUCCUCUGUCUCCAAGGUUAAAGAAUGUUUCCUCUUCAAGGGAAAACAACUAAAAACUAAAAGGUCUAACUAAACUGUUUUUCCUGCUCUACUCCGUGGAAUGCUGAAGGCAGCAGGACUCAGUCUGGUCCCGGUCUCUCUUCCAGGCUUUAAAACUGGCUAAAUAAUGUAGCUCAGGGUGUGUUUUUGAGAGUGAGAGGCUGUUGUUACACAGUGUGACAGGUCCUGUAAUCUGGUCCCAGUUUCUCUGUGGUCAUCACCACAGUUAUAGACUAAAUGUUAGCUUGUUGGCCUUCCUCUAAACCUCAUGUUUGCAAAUCACACCUCUUUUCCUCUCAGCGUUUCCAUCCUCAGUCUCUGGACAGUCUUCCCUCAAGUGUUGAUCCUAGAUAAUCGGGCACAGGAUCCAAACUAACCACAUCAUAGUUCUCGGGCCUCCAAAUAUGGAAGCAGAGAGGCAGCGAGAUGACUGGAUUUUUUGAUUCACUGUUCACCGUGUGGUUCUGAGGGUUAAACAAUGCACCGGGUAAUGUAUAAUGAUGGUACAAAUGGAAAUUUAAGCUAGUGUUUAAUAUACUAUAUCCCAUCAACAUCAUAACACACAUUAGACAGUAUGUUAGAAAAAUGUUUGUGGUCUGCUCCAGGUCUACAGCACCAGCUAGCUACUCCUGAAUAAAUACAGCAGAGCUUUAAUCUUUCUAACAAUACACACAAAAUAAUAAAAAUGAUCAGCUUUAAGGUUUAAUCUUUACACUGAGGUGAUAAAAUUAGUCUAAUUUACAGGCCAUAUGGCAUAAAAAUCUUCACUAGUCAUAAAAUUUGCAUUGAAAGUUAAUUUUUAGCUCAUUUCAAGCUUGUCAGUGUUCCAGUGACGUGGAGGUUGAGAUGCUGCCACGAUUACAGCGAGCUGUCCAGCUGCUGGUCUCAGUCCAGGUCCUGUCAUUAUGGAGCUGCAGCAGCUGUAUGUGGCUAAUGAUACACAGAGGGGCAUGAGAACAGAUGAGAGGAGCAGACACUGACAGGUCGGGGCUCAAAGGUUAAGCCAAAGGCGCAGGAGAGCAGCGUUGAGGGUGGAGGAGGUGAUGGAGUGGUCGAGGAGUAAAUAGAGACCAAAACAAUGAGGCAGGAGUCAGGAAAGGCCAGGACCUGUUAACAAUGUGUUUCAGAGGAAGAACUUUUGAUAGUGAGGUAUUAAGAAGUCCUGCAGUUGAAAUUGUCACCUUUUAAAUCUCUUAGUCACAGCAUGUGUGGUUUAAUACUCAAACACUGGCUUGGCAGCUACUUUGUUAAAAAUACAACAAAAAGACGUGCCUUUGUUGACAGAAAAAAGAAAAAACAUGCUAAUAAUCACAGCCAAAGUCUGGCUUCAGGCUGCACAUAUGGCUCGUUGUUUGCCAUACCAGCAGGACUCAGUGAAAAGAGUUAGACACCUUGAUGAGAACUUGUUGCGUGCAGCAUCUCAUCUAACAGCUAACUGUGGCACCUGUGACUUUUUCCUGUGUUCAUUAUAUCGUCCAAAACUGAUCCUCUGUUAAGAGACAGGACAUCAUUAUAGUUUUCAAGCCAGGGGAUAAGCAAUACUUAAACUGUUGUUCUUCAAUGUGUGGGAAAAUAAGACGACUGAGAGAACUUAUAAACUCAGCUUAGUCUGGGUGUUUUACUCCUGAUGCUUCUUCAAGGCAGCUGUAUACAACACUCAAAACAUGUAAAGUCACAUCAGAUGGUAAAGAUUUUUGUAUUUUUUUUUCAGUCUGUCACUGAAGUUUUGAUUUUUUUUCCAGGACUUUAAGUGUGCUUUGUAUAAAUAUGCACCAUUGAUGUCUCAGUGUUUUGCUCGGCACAGAGGCAAUUACUUUGCUCAUAUUGGGGACAUAAAAGAUAAUUGUGGCAAAUCUAUCAGUAUAGCUACAUUUAUUAUGAAAGUUAGUUCAGUGUGCAAAGACAAUCUCUAAACCUCCUGCCGUGUCUACCAAGAGAUAUAAUUAUACGUUUCCUUCCUUUUUCUCUGACUCCUCUAGGUUCUCAAAGACGUCUUGUUGGACCUGUACCGAGCUUUGAAGUGGGUGGUCCGCUCAGACCCGGAUGAAGUGGCAGUGCUCCACGCCCAGCUGGCUCUGGAGGAGCUUGAUGAUGUCAUGAGGAGGUUCAUCUUCCCUGAGCAGAAGCUGGAGAAGAAGAUAGUUGUGCUUCCAUGAGCUCAAAGUUUAUUUCAGCAGAAUAUUCUUGGUUUGGCCUGGAAAAAGACUUAAUAUGUAAGUGCUCUGCUUGUGGACAGAACUAGUCUCGUACUUGCCUUCAGGUACAAGAUUUCAGGCAUCCAACCAAGUCUUUCUAUUAAAGGAGGAAACAAUAGAGCCACACUGUCCUGAACUGAAGUUCAACCAAAAUAAAGUUUUUAACAUAUU